AAAAAUAUUAAAAAGCAACAGAGGAAAAGGCCGGUGAAGCUACAGGAAGGUGAACAGACAACGGGAGGAGGACAUCAGCAGGUGGAGUCAUGGCACAUCAUAAACAAAGCUACAGUUUUUGUAUCAUUCUUUGUAUGAGAGGUAUUCUGGCAGGUGAUUGGUCAGUUCUUCUCCCCUCCAGUCCCAUAUGUGCUGUGGUUGGUUCUUCAGUAGUCCUCCCUUGUUCCUAUGACUACACACUUAGCUCUGAAGUCGGGGCAGAUGGGCGGCUCUCUGCACAGACAGGAGGUAAUGAAAAAGGACAGGAAUACAAAGUUCUGUCUGAGAUGUGGUGUCUCAGAGACAGUCGCUGCAUUACGGAAAAAUAUGUGUUUCAUAGUGCCGGGAUCUUCAGUGAUCCAUCUUAUCACAACCGGGUGCAGUACCUGGGACAACCAGGAACCAAGAACUGCUCUCUGAGGAUUUCUGAUCUCAAAGAGUCAGAUAGUGGAACCUAUGUAUUUUACCUCAUCACCAACCACACAACUGAGAAGAUGCCUCCACAGACUGGCAUACAACUCUUAGUGGCAGAUUCCUCCAGAGCAGUUGCAGUUUCAGCAGGUCCAUCCCAUGUCGUCCUUGAGGGUGUAGCCUUAAGCCUGGCCUGCUGCAGUCCAGCAGCCACUUCACAAGGCCAGUUCAGAUGGUACAAUCAGACAGAUACCAGGGUUGUACAUGUUGGACAGGUGUGGAAUACCCGUCAAGUCACAUCUAGUGAAUCUGGUAGCUACUACUGUCAAAUGCAGACUGAAGAUAAGAUGCAAAGAUCAACAGUUCUGACCAUCAAUGUGCAAUAUCCACCUCGAAAUACUAUCAUCUCUAUCAUGGGAGCACAGGAAAAUCAUCCUGUGACUCUGACCUGCAGCAGUGAGGCUAACCCACCGGUGCACACCUACGUCUGGUACCAGGGUGCAGCAUGUCUCCCAAAAGCAGACAAAAGCUUUAAUCGAGGAAGAAAAACCCAGGCCACACUAAGAGGGAGAGGCACAACAUUCACCAACAUCACCACUGAGGAGUAUGGACAGCACUGCUGUGUAGCCCGUAACAGAUAUGGAUCUCAGAGUUACAGUAUAACUCUAACAGAAUCUAGAGCAACAACUCCAUCUGAUUCUUCAGGAAGCAAACUGGUGCUGAUUGGAGUAACUGUUGGGAUCCUGCUUGUUAUUGUUGCCACAGUUGCCUUUCUGCUGACAAGGAGAAAGAAGACAGCCAGAUAUCAGUCAUAUGUCCUGACUGGAACGGCUGUCACAGAAUCGUAAGGACUCAGAGUGCAAGCAGAACUGAUUUUAUUCUGUAUAUCAGCACAUUUGUUAAGACCUUCUGGAUACAUGAGGAAAUCAACACUCCACAUGUGGUAAACUCUCCACAGCUCUGCCGUUACACCAUACAACCUAUUCUUGGAUUUUUACAACAUGCUGUAGAUGACAGAACUACUAUGGAGGGCUAAAAGUGCCACAAAUCCAAACAACAAAUAAGGGAUUAAAUCCAUUUAUGUAACUAAGAAUUUAAAUAAAGCUUGAACUAGACACACACACA